AUGAUCUGGUGUGCGUUUGUCCGCUACCGUCAUUCUGGAUACUUCCUGGGCUCAGUCAUCGUCUUCUCCGUUGGAGCAUACACUGAAUCCUGUGGCAUUCGCCUGCUGUUUAUGGUGAUAAAUAGCAAAGUGUUAAGAGAAGUUGUAGAGAGAUAUCGAGUCUGCAGCACUGAAGUGGAACCUGGUCUAGAACCGAUACGAGAGUCACCCAACUAUGAAAUAGCACAAGUAAUGUAUUGCUUCGCUAUUCCUACUGCUACCAACAGCCUUGCGAACUGUACCGCCCUCAUGAUCAUCCUCUUUGGAUACACAGAGGCCCAACUAUUAGGCCUAAGUGAAGAACUACUUUGUCUAUGGGAUGACGCAGGCCACUUCAGCCAGUUCGAAAAUGGAACAAAAACAGAAGUGAUGAACAAUUUUGUACGACAGCGUUUGAAGUAUAUAAUCAAACUACACAACGAGAACAUAGAUCUUUUGAAACAGCUGGAACAAGUCCUCAGAGUGAGCAUGGCACUUGAAUUUCUGGUUCUGAUGGCUGGUUUGAUAGCCGCUUUAUUGGGUGGAGUAGAAAACACAUAUAUGGAGAUACCGUUUGCAUUCGCCCAGCUGUUCAUGAACUGCUAUUUAGGCCAGAAGAUUAUUGACGCAAGUGAGACUUUCGAGACGGCGGUGUAUGGAUGUAGAUGGGAAAACUUUGAUACAGCGAAUAUGAAAACUGUUCUAAUAGUUUUCCAGAAUUCUCAGAAGACGCUAAAGCUGUCCGCUGGGGGCGUGGCAAUAUUGAGCUUUCAAUGUUUGAUGUCUGUUGUUAAGUCGAGUUACUCUUUUUACACUACCCUACAAUCAACUUUGAAGUAA